GUUCCCGACAUGCCCCGCGACGGCCGCCAACCUCCGGAUUUGAAUCGAGUCAGCGCUCGGCGGUUGCGGUGUCGGGAUGGGCGCUUCGUCGUUGCCCCCGGCCUGGCAGCUCUACCUCAAGGACCACCGCAUCUCUACGUUCAAGAACUGGCCGUUCUUGGAGGGCUGCGCCUGCACCCCGGAGCGGAUGGCCGAGGCCGGCUUCAUCCACUGUCCCACUGAGAACGAGCCCGAUUUGGCUCAGUGUUUCUUCUGCUUCAAGGAGCUGGAAGGCUGGGAGCCAGACGAUGACCCCAUAGAGGAACAUAAGAAGCAUUCAUCUGGUUGUGCCUUUCUUUCUGUCAAGAAGCAGUUUGAAGAAUUAACCCUCAGUGAAUUUUUGAAACUGGACAAAGAGAGAGCCAAGAACAAAAUUGCAAAGGAAACCAACCAUAAACAGAAAGAAUUUGAAGAGACUGCAAAGAGAGUGCGCUGUGCCAUUGAGCAGCUGGCGGCCCUGGAGUGACCCCCGGCCACCACGCUGGGCCCGGAGCGGAGCGCGGCUGCCCACGCACGCGCCCCAGAGUGACCGGCUCUUCUGGGGCCCUUUCACCGCGCCUUAGGAAAGGACGUCCACGUUUUGAAAUUAGAAUAUUUAAGCUAUGCUUUUGUUUUUUUCUUGCAAGUGGUGCCGGGGGCUCCUCUUUGCGCAGCCGGUGCUGCUGAGCACAGUAACUGAGUCUCUCUCUCUCUUUUUUCUUCGGUAGUUUCUGGGCCGUUGGUUCCUGGACUUUCCAGGGUGACCAGGUGAAAAGAGUGUUCUCGUGGGCAGAGCCCUUUCACAGGGAAACAUCUGGGCUUCAGGCUGACUAGCUGUGGAGCCUGACAUUCGAUGCCUGAAUGCUACUGUGGGUCUGCUGUGACUGGACAAACAGAGAGUGAAGGAGACCAUUUUAGAUGUUAUUUGUGUAAUAAUCUAAGUUUCUAGCGCGCGUGUCUCGUGUGGUCAGCACCCCGUGUCACCUCACCUGGAUGUGACAAGUCGUGCGGCCAUCCUUUUCCCCCGUCAGGUCUGUGGUACUGCACGGGCCUCCCUUACUCCAGAGCGGAUUAUACAAAAGCCCACCCCUGCCAAAGCUCUGAAGGUGCCGUGUGUGGGAAGGGGCUUCCUCGCCUGUCUCGUCACUUUGUGAUCUUCAAGUUCAUACCGGGGGAGCUGGUGGAAUUCAACCCCAGACUGCCUCGGGCCUCGAGGUGUGACAGAAGCCCAGACGGCAGGAGUGCGGUGGGGGAGGGCAGAGGUCUUGACAGUGAAGCCAAGAUAUCUCUUCACCUCCAGUGGGCACCACAGGCACACCACAAGGUUGUGACAUUUCUCUAAAACGGGUGAGGAAGAGGUCCUUAAUGCGAGACAGUGCGUUUUCUAGAGGCCUGGCUCCCUGCUCUGGAGGAGCCGUCACACGGCUGGGGACAGGCAGGGUGGGACGAGAAACCCGUGGAAGGAGUUUCCUGGUCUUUCUGUUCCCGGGCCUCUGCAAACAGCUGCUUCCUGUUCGUGACGUGGCUCAGGUGGCUGACAGGGCACCUGUGUCUUUCUAAUGUGAACCCUCCUCAAGGAAGGCAGUGGAGUCGAUGGACCCAAAAGGUGGAUCGGGACUCUCUUUGGGGGGAAACUUGUUUUUAUAGGGAACUUGUUUAUAUUGUUUGCAAUCUUUUACAAGAGCAUCAAUUGCGUGAUGUCCAAGUUGGAGCAGUGGUGACGAGCAUGGCAGUUGGGGUGCUCCCUCGGGCCCCGGCCACAGUGCCCUCGCACAGGCUGCCCUCCGGGGGGUCCGGUCCCUGCACUUGUUGAACCCGAGCUGUGGUUUCUUCAUCUAACAUGGCGUCGUGAAACCUGUGCUGCCUCGGCUGGCUUUCUCGUGUCACGAUGUCUGUGUGAGACACACCCUCAGCUUCUAAGGUUCUGCAAUGUCCUUUUCUUACUUUGUUUGAAUUAUUACUUCACAGAACAUCACAAACUACAGUUAAGUGAGCACAAAGCCAUCCCAAGUCAUUGGGCAAACAGGGUGACCCUUAGGUGGAUUUGGAGACAGAGCAAGGUAGCAGGAAGUGGGUAGCAGAAAUUGUCAUUUAUGAAAUUGCUUCGCCACUAGACAGCCCGACUGAGUCGUCAGCCGCACGCCGGUUCUCCCUCCCUGAGCACAGUGCAGUGGCUCAGGAACUCGCCUCAGACGUGUGGGGACUCGGUGGCCACUGCGGGUGAUCCGUCGGCCUGGUUGGCCGAGUCUCCGUUGCCGCUUCUCGCUCCCGCACACCCGUGUCCCGUCCACGUCGUCGUCUCCACACCGGUUCUCCCUGCUGUCCUCCCAGAGGCUCACACAGCAGUCACGGUGACAGAUUUUGUUUCUCCCUCCGUGAAAUCGAGCUGCAGGGUGGAUUGUUUCGGCCCGGUUGGAGGUCAUCCCGCCAUUUCUGAAAAAUAAAAACUACUUCAUUUCAAACACUUCA